UUUAAAAACAGUGCGCGUCCGAUAGCCGAGCGGUUAUGUGACAUGUUCAUCAGAAAAUCGUCGUGCAUUUAUUUAAUAAAACCUCAAUGGAAAAACUGUCAAAAUCAUGACUAAUGUUACUCAAAACAUAGUAAUAAAAUACCCUCGCGAAGCCACCAUUUUCGCGUCGGUUUGUGCCAUUUUAUUUUGUAUAGUAGGAGUUGUCGGAAAUCUAGUAACAGUAGUGGCGCUAAUUCGGUGCCCGAAAUUACGAACGCAUGCCACAACUGCGUUUGUUUUGUCACUGUGUAUAUCCGAUCUUUUGUUUUGUUCAGUAAAUCUUCCCUUGACUGCCUCCAGGUACAUACACGAGGCCUGGACUCUUGGGGAUGCUCUCUGCAAAUUGUUUCCGGUUUUGUUUUACGGAAAUGUGGCCGUUUCUCUUCUCAAUAUGGUCGCGAUUACAUUAAACAGAUACGUUCUGAUUUCGUACCAUCAAUAUUACAAUCAAUUGUAUUCGAAAGUCUCGAUAUGGUUGCAGCUGCUUUGUACUUGGGGUUUUGCUUUCUUAAUAAUGUUGCCAUCACUUUUGGGAGUUUGGGGACAGCUGGGCCUUAAUCCGUCGACCUUUUCUUGUACGAUUUUGGAAAAAGACGGCAAAUCGCCAAAGAAGAUUCUUUUUCUUAUAGCUUUUGUAUUGCCAUGCGUCGUUAUAAUUUCUUCGUACUCGUGUAUAUUUUGGCGUGUACAGAAAUCACGCCGAAAAUUAAAAGCACAUCAGCAAGCGACAAAAAAAGAAAAACGAAAUAACCGGCGAGAGCGAGACGAUAGCCGGCUCACUAAACUCAUGUUAAUUAUAUUUAUUUGUUUCGUAUUGUGUUUUUUACCGUUAAUGUUAGUUAACGUUUUUGAUGACGACGUCAAGUAUCCAGUUUUGCACGUAUUGGCAUCUAUUUUAGCAUGGGCUUCCAGUGUCAUAAAUCCAUUUAUAUAUGCGGCUAGCAAUCGACAGUAUAGAUCAGCAUAUUCAAAACUGUUUAGAAUUGUUAAAUCCAGUGUCGUUUUCUCGGAGUCUAAGCAGUUUUCGAAUAAUUCACCAAACUCGAGGCACAAAAACGGACAAUCGGUCAAUUAUAAACCCAAUCCUGGAUCAUCCUAGAUCACUUUUUGACUUUUUGUCCUACUCUUGCCACUCAGUCAUUCCUUAUCAAGUGGAACAUUUGCCAAAUAUUUGAAAGACUGACAUGAUAAGAAAUUGCUAUAUUCCCAUGCACAAAAGUUAAUACAAUUUUGUCGCAAAAGCAGUAUUACUAUUUCCAAAAGAUACAUAGUGAUAUCUACUAAUCAAACUUUUGUGAUAUACUAGAUACCGUAAGUAACUAAUAUGUAUACCUUUAAGAUAUUAUUUUAUAUUUAUUAUUCAAGACUCUUUUCUUUGUAACUAAACAUUUAAGUUUUGACUGAAUUUUUAAGUUCAACUGUACAUAUGUAUACAAAGAAGAAAAAUAAAUUUUUAAAAACC